UCCAGUCGCAGUUCUCGGUUCUAGAGGCAGGACAGCUCGCCUCGCGCUGUGCGUCCUGGCAUCCACCUGUACCGCGGAUGGUUCUGCUUACUGGACCAGACCUCGCCUCAGUACAUGGCGUAGUUUCUGCACGAUACUUAACGUUUUCCCUCCUUCCUCCCUGGAUUCGCCUUUUAUUUCAUUCGCAUCACCGGAGCAUCUAAAGUUGUGAUGAUGCCUCCGACCUGCAGCGUUUGGGAUUUUUAAUCGCUUCAUUUGAGAGGCGGAUUUAUUGUAAUCGCCUGUGAUUCAACAACACGGUCUCUCGCAAGUGGACAAAUCAUGGACUAGUUGUUUCAAAAAGACAGUCACUAUGGGAUUAUUUCAGCGGUUUCUGGUUCUCUGCAUGUUUUGCAUCUCCUCAGUUGUAGGUUUUGGGGUUGACCCUGCCCUGCGCAUCAGCGUGUUUGAUGAACUAACUCUUGGAGAAGGCUUUGAUGGAGUUACUCAGGUCCAGGGCUUCCACGGCGAGUCUAGAGCUUUCCACUUCCAAGGAACCUCCAGGGAAGUGAAAGCUCCUGCUGAGGUCUCGAAGCGUACGGUCCAGAAGCUUAAAGGCAAGAACGAGUUCACUGUGCUCGCAACUCUCAAACAGGAUCAUCUAAACUCUGGAGUCAUCCUCUCCAUCCAUCACUCUGAGCACAGGUUCCUGGAGCUGGAGAGCAGCGGACAGCGCAGUGAGGUGCGGCUUCAUUAUCGCACCAGGAGCCACCAGGACCACACUGAGGUGUUUCCUUACAGCCUGGCAGAUGACCAGUGGCAUAAGGUCUCCAUAGCUGUCAGCGCCUCUCAUGUCAUCUUACACGUCGACUGCAACAGGAUCUAUGAGCGGGUGGUGGAAGCUCCCUACAUGGACAUACCAGAGGACACUUCCUUCUGGCUGGGACAGAGAAAUGCUGCUCAUGGCUUCUUCAAGGGGGUCAUGCAGGAUGUGGAGAUCCUGGUGAUGCCACAGGGCUACAUCUCACAGUGUCCGGAUCUGAACAGAACAUGUCCAACAUGUAAUGAUUUCCAUGGACUCGUGCAGAAAAUCAUGGAACUGCAGGAUAUCCUCGCAAAGACUUCAAGCAAGCUGUCCAGGGCGGAGGAGAAGAUGAAUGGGCUGGAUGGCUGUUAUUGUGAGCGAACAUGCAGCGUCAAGGGGGUUGUCUACAGGGAGGACGAGGGCUGGACAGAUGGCUGCAGGAACUGCACGUGCACGAACGGAACGGUGCAGUGUGACGCCGUCUCCUGCCCUCCUCCUCAGUGCCCAGCAGGCACGGCACCUGCCUACGUAAAGGGGGCCUGCUGCAAGGAGUGCCUGUCUGUGUGCUUGUUUGGUGGGCGAGAGUUGGUGGAGGGAGAUCAGAGGGCUGUGCGCGACUCCUCCGGCAGGUGUCUGCUGUUUGAAUGCAGGGACAGGAGUAUGCACCGGGUGGUCCAGAGUGAACCUUGUCCUGAGCUAAACUGUCCCGAGUCGGAGCAGGUCGCUUUGAACAGCAGGUGCUGUAAAGUCUGCAGAGGUCACGACUUCUGCUCAGAGGGCCACGGCUGUGUGGAGCACUCUGACUGUGUGAAUCUGGAGGCAGGAGACUGCUGUGUUUGUAAAGAUGGCUUCCGACCACUGCGAGACGAUAACGCCUACUGUGAAGAUAUUGAUGAGUGUGCUGAAGGGAAGCACUACUGCAGAGAGAACACCAUGUGUGUCAACACCCCUGGUUCCUUCAUGUGCAUCUGCCACACAGGCUACAUCAGGAUCGAUGACUAUUCCUGCACAGAGCAUGACGAGUGCCUCAGCGGACUGCAUAACUGUGAUGAGAACGCCUUGUGCUUUAACAUGGUUGGAGGCCACAGCUGUUCCUGUAAGCCAGGUUACACAGGCAAUGGAACUGUCUGCAAAGCGAUGUGUGACGGGCUGUGCCAGAAUGGGGGGACCUGUGUCUCACCUAACAACUGUGCUUGCCAGCAAGGAUUUACAGGGGAGAGGUGUGAGACCGAUAUCGAUGAGUGUGUGGACGGCUUUGUUGAGUGUGACAGUAAAUCCACUUGUGUCAACUUGCCCGGAUGGUACCACUGCGAGUGUCGUGAUGGCUACCAUGACAACGGCUUGUUUUCCGCCAACGGAGAAUCGUGUGUGGAUAUAAAUGAAUGCAAGACAGGGAGGAACACCUGUGCCAACGACACAGUGUGCUUCAACCUGGAGGGAGGCUACGACUGCCGGUGCCCCCACGGGCAUAACUGUACUGGAGACUGUAUCCAUGACAACAAGGUCAAGCACAGCGGGCAGAUCUGGGUGCUGGACAGCGAUAGGUGCUCGGUGUGUUCCUGCCAGGCCGGGCAAGUGAUGUGUCGCAGGAUGGUGUGCGACUGCGACAACCCCAACGCCGACCUGUUCUGCUGCCCUGAGUGCGACCCGAGACUGAGCAGCCAGUGCCUGCACCAGAACGGCCUGCUCACCUUUGGCAGUGGCGACACAUGGGUGGAGAACUGCCAGCAGUGCCAGUGCCUGCAGGGGCAGGUGGACUGCUGGCCUCUGCCCUGCCCGCCUGUGGACUGCGAGUUCACCGUGGUGCCCGAGGGCGAGUGCUGUCCCCGCUGUGUCACUGACCCCUGUCAGGCCGACACCAUCCGCAACGACAUCACCAAGACGUGCACGGACGAGCACAACAUUUCACGCUUCAGCGGCUCCUCCUGGAUUAAACACGGCACAGAGUGCACCCUGUGCCAGUGCAAGAAUGGACACAUCUGUUGCUCAGUGGACCCCAUGUGCCUUUAGUCCUGGUGGAUCUGAAGGCACCUGUACAGUGUUCUCCAUGUAAAGAAGUAACACCACCGUCCUGUCUCCUCACUGUCCACUUCACAGGCCUGGGUCGAAUCGUGUUUGCACCAUUAGGGUUGGUUUUUUUUUUUCUUCUGAACCAGAUGAUUAUAGGUUGCAAAUCAGGUCACACACCUUCCAACCCAGCCACUCCUAAACAAUCAGGCAGUGUCUCAUCUGAUUCUCUUUGUUUUCUAGCUCUUAUGGUUUGUUUUAAACAGAAAACUCCACCCAUCUGGUACCUUGUGCACGUUUGCCAUUAAAAGCAACUUGCAAACAGUCUGUGACCUGAUCCUGCUUCCUUGAAUCCUUUAAACCAAAUGCAAACCCGAAUCAAACCAAACACACGAUGGACUUCGAUUCCUCCAAACCCACUCUUUUUGUUCCAUCUCACCACUUAGAGUGACCCAGUGAGGAUCACAAAUUCCCACUCCGAGUCAUCGCUACAUGAAUCUGUAAGAUAUUACUAUUACUGGCAUGACUGUGCUUGAUGUCCAGACAUCUUUGCUGAUUUCUAUAUUAUAAACGAAGAUAAGGAAACCUUAGAUAGAGUGAAGACAGUUAGAAUAAGGUUUAGUUGCCACUUUAUAAGUCGUCUGUAUUAUGUGGUGCUUUGUAGCAUUUUGUUAAACUUUUCCUUUUGUAUGUUUUUUCCAAGCUUGUUAUAGUGUUAUGGUGAAAUAAAGUAUUUCCAUUUACAAUGAA